AUGAAGGUUGAUUGUGAAAAUAAUCCCCUGGCGGGUCUCCAAAAGGAGGAAUCCCGUCCGCUCACUUCGGUGACCGGCUGCCCUCCGUAUGCAGGGGUGGGCAACAAUCGCCUCGUAGGCCGGCAGGUUGCCGGUCUCCGUGAACACAACCUUGGCGUAACGAAUAUGGACAUUGAUGCUACGUGGAAUAAGGAUUUAGUUGAUCUGGAGGUGAAGGACUGUGACCUGAUGUCGCACUCCAACACCAACGACCUAGACUCGAAUACGGAAGAGUGCUCAGAGCUGGGCACUCUAAGACUGAGGGGUGGAGGAUCGCCAGAGAGGGACUGUAAGGGUCGGUUCGUUGGCAAGGGCAGACCGGGCCCUAAGACCUCCAAAGAAUCCAAGGAGACCACGGUGGUGUCGGCAAGGACAGUGUCUCCCUCAAAGAGCGAGGUACCGGAAGCCUUAACUAGAGAAGAAUCACAGAGUCGACCGGGGAGUCGGAGAUCGCUUCCGGACUUAAGGGUGAAUCUCUCACGCUGCGAUGAGUCCCAAACUCCAGCUCCGUCUAGUAGCACAAAGAGGAAAGAGGCGCAAGCUCACGUGGGCGAUAAAGGUGUGGACAUUGAAUCCGAUACAGGGAGCAUGCUCAGUAUCCGCUCGGAGCCAGCUCCCGAUAACAAGCAUGGUGAUGGUGCCGAGUCUGACUCGGACAUGAGCUGUUAUUCACUAAGUGACACCGAAAGGAGGAGGAGGUUCUGGCGGAAGCGCGGUCGCGGCGGCUUGGGGUCAGACUCAGACGAGACCACUGAAAAGCGGUCUCAGUCAGCUUCAAAGCGAGGUCGCGGUCGGCCCCCAACCACGGGACAGUACGUUGGUCUCACCAAAGCCAAAGAAGAGUACAACCGCGCCAAAAGAGAAGAGAUGAGAUUGAGGGCAGAAGAAGAAGUGGCUGGCAUACAGCUGCCAUUUUUUAAUUCGCAGUCAGACAAGCGGUCCAAGGCUGGCUGGCUCCGUCUCGCCCUGUGCGCAGGAUGUCCUCUCUGCGGCUGCGCUCUCCCAGCACUGAAGGACGCGGCAGUGUCUAUUAAAGAAACAUUCGAGUGCCUUUUAGAGCGCACUACUUCAGAGGAGACGAGGCAUCUGCAGGCCCAAAAUGAUAGCCUGCGCGUACAACUGACUGAAUUAAAAGCUGAGAUGGCACAGCUGAGAGCAGAUUUCCGGGACCAAUUUAAGAGGCCGUCCCCAGCCCCACCUCUGCCCACAGAACAUCUGCAGCCAUCCGGCAGCUCCCGCAAGGAUACUGCAGGGUUCCCCAACACGGAAGAAAUGAUGCGCUCCAUGACGGCGCAGAUGGGGCUAAUGCUAGACGCGAGGUUAGAAACUUUGGAGCUGGAGGGUAGGCUACUGCCGGCCCAACCAAUGCGGCCCCCGUUGGCUGCUGACCGGAGGCACCAGGCUCCUCACAGCCAGGAGUCCGAACCCGCUCCCAAACCCAAUCCAAAGGUACGGCGAGGUCCUCCAAAUCUCACAGAGGAGCCCCAGAAAGGGAAGAAGAGGAACAAGAAGAAGACGACCCUUGCAGCAGUCGAAGCCGCCGCGGUUCGCGGUGCCGCCAAACCUGCUCCUAGGGCUUUGCCUUCAGCCCCUAUAGCCACGGAUAAAGCGUGGAACAUAGCGGCUAAAGGAGGCAAGAAAAAGAAGGCGGGAAGGGGACCGCAGCAGAAGGGAAAGCUCGCAGCAAUUGGAGCAGCUACGUCACCACGGUCACAAAAGCAAGAGGCCAGCAAACUGCGCCCACCCCGCUCUACUGCUGUGGUCUUGUCCUUGCAGCCUGAGGCCGAAGAGAAGGGCAUCACUUAUAAAAGUGUGAUUGCAGCGGCCAAAACACAGGUUGACUUGUCUGAACUGGACAUUCAAUCCGUUCGGUUCAAAGUUGCAGCUACCGGCGCGCGACUACUGGAGGUACCGGGGGCCGCCAGCGGUCCAAAAGCAGAUAAAUUGGCUGAGAAACUUAGCCAGCUGUUCAGUCCUGAGGAAGUCAGAGUGUCUCGGCCUACAAAAUGUGUCGAAUUGCGCGUAUCUGGCCUAGAUGACUCGGUGACAUCAGAGGACAUCGCUGCAGCGAUUGUGCAAGCCGGUGACUGUGCGAUCCAGGAGGUCAAAGUGGGCGACAUAAAAUCGGAUCCCUGGAGCCUAGGUUCGGUAUGGGUUCGCUGUCCUAUCGCUGCAGCUAAAAAGGUGGCUGGAAAGGGAAGACUACUGGUUGGAUGGGUGUCGGCGCAUGUCAAGCUGCUGGAAGCGCGUGCCCAAAGAUGUUACCGGUGCUUGGAGCCGGGACACGGUAGGGAGCAAGAGCUGUUCUGCUCCACCCAAGAGAACGAAGACAAAGGCUGGCGAUGGCUCCCGGGUCUCCUCGCAGCCUGUCCACCCAUCCACUACUACUGUGGACGAGACUCAGGGGGUUUCAGAAAUGGACGCCAGUUAAAUAUGGCCAUCCAAGUUCUGCAGGCGAAUCUUAAUCACUGCGCCAGGGCUCAGGACCUUCUGUUCCAGAGUAUGGCGCAGUGGUUAAUAAAUAUAGCAGUGAUAGCGGAGCCAUACACUGUUCCUGCCAGAGCAGAAUGGGUCGGGGACCUAGACAGUACUGUGGCCCUGGUGUCGCGGAGCGCAACUAGCUCCCCACCUUUUCAAGGCGUCGUAAGGGGUCACGGUUUUGUGGCGGCAACAUAUGAGAACAUUGCUGUUGUUGGUGCCUACUUCUCGCCCAACGAUAGUCUAGCGAAUUUUGAGCAGUUCCUCGUGGAAGUGGGUGCCAUAGUCAGGCAGCUGCACCCGACACCUGUUCUAUUUGCCGGAGAUUUAAAUGCAAAGUCCAGGGAGUGGGGUUCUCGGGUAACAGAUCCUUUUGGGCAGUGCCUGGAGGAAUGGGCUGUUGCGUACGGACUGGCUGUGAUAAAUCGGGGGACCGUGAACACAUGUGUGCGGCAACAGGGGGGCUCAAUUGUCGACGUUACGUUUGCGAGCGCUCCUCUGGCACGGCGUGUUAACGACUGGAAAUGUUUGGAGGAUGUAGAGACCCUUUCGGACCAUCGCUACAUUAGGUUCAAUAUUUCCACACCCACGACCGUGUCGAUAAGCCCUAGAAGUCUUCCAAGGGGGAACAACCCUCGAUGGGCGCUAAAACGACUGGACCGUGAAGUGCUGGAGGAGGCGGCCCUCGUUAAGGCCUGGCUGCCGGCACCCGAAGGUUCUUUGGACGUCGAAGUUGAAGCCUCAUGGCUAAGGGAUGCCAUGACUGACACCUGUGAUGCUGCCAUGCCACGAGCGGGGCCCUUUCUUCCAAAACGCCAAGUGUAUUGGUGGUCCGCAGAAUUGGCACAACUGCGAGAAUCGUGUAUCGCAGCGCGACGCCAGUACACAAGGAGUCGCAGGCGGCAACGGCGAGAUGCUAACGAGGAGGCACAGCUCUAUGCAACUUACAGAGAGCUAGCUGUCUCUCUUAAGACGGCUAUUGGUCGAGCUAAAGACCGGGCUGAGAAGGAGAUGCUGGAGAGUCUCAAUAACGAUCCUUGGGGGAGACCAUAUAAGAUGGUGAGGAGUAAACUCCGACCAUGGACACCCCCGCUGACACAGACUCUUCAGCCCCAACUCUUGCAGCGGGUGGUAAACACUCUCUUCCCGGAUACACCGGAGUUCAUACCACCCCCAAUGGCGCCGAUUGAUGCAGGUGCAGAUGAUACCGACGUACCAGAGGUCACUGAGGGCGAACUUGGUGCCGCUGUGCUCCGGAUAAAUAAAAAUAAAGCGCCAGGCCCCGAUGGCAUACCAGGCCGUGCUUGGGUGCUAGCAAUAGGUCCUCUUGGACCCCGGGUGAGAGCACUCUUCAGCGCAUGUUUCGAACAGGGUCGGUUUCCACGGAUGUGGAAAACAGGGAAACUGGUCCUUAUUCAAAAGAUGGGACGUCCGGCCGACUCAUCAUCGGCUUAUCGACCGAUCGUCUUACUCGACGAGGUGAGUAAACUUUUCGAGCGUAUCAUCUCGCUUCGCCUCCUCAAGCACCUCGAAAAUGUGGGGCCAAAUCUUAGCCAAAAUCAGUUCGGCUUUCGUCACUGCCGAUCCACAAUUGACGCGAUCGCCAGAGUUAAGACCCUGAGAGAGGAGGCAGUGUCCCAAGGCGGGGUGGUCCUCGCAGUGUCGUUGGACAUAUCGAACGCAUUUAACACUCUGCCUUGGGGGUGCAUUAAGGAAGCACUCAAAUACCAUGCGGUGCCGAGGUAUUUGCGCAAUAUUAUCGAGGCGUACUUAUCAGAGAGGGCUGUCAAGUACCCGGUGCCAAAUGAUAACGGAUGGGGUCUGAAAAUCAUGUCAUGCGGUGUUCCGCAGGGGUCGGUACUGGGACCACUCCUGUGGAAUAUUGGGUAUGACUGGGUGCUGCGUGGCAGAAAUCUUCCGGGGAUUGAACUGACGUGCUAUGCCGACGACACUCUCAUUUCAGCGAAGGCUAGCACGUUCAGGGAGGCGUCGCUAAGGGCUACGGCGGGAGUAGCUCAAGUGGUAACAAGGAUUCGUAGGUUGGGUCUAGAGGUUGCUCUACAUAAGUCGGAGGCCAUCUGCUUUCAUGGACCUAGAAAAGCACCUCCAGCUGGCGCUCAGCUUGUAGUGAGUGGAGUUCCCAUCGGCGUUGGGUCGACGAUGAAAUAUCUGGGACUCGUCCUCGACAGCCGGUGGAACUUUAAGGAGCACUUUAAGCGCCUGACUCCUAGGCUUCUAGGAGCAGCCGGUGCGCUUAGCCGACUCCUACCAAACAUGGGGGGGCCAAAUGUAGGCUGCCGCAGUCUAUAUACGAUGGUAGUGAGGUCGAUGGCCCUGUACGGUGCACCCAUUUGGGUAGAUGCCCUUAGCGCCGAAAACCAAACAUGUCUACGAAGACCUCAAAGGAUCAUGGCGAUAAGGGCCAUCAGAGGAUAUCGCACCAUCUCCAGUGAUGCGGCAUGCGCCUUGGCCGGGACCCCGCCCUGGGAUCUGGAGGCAAAAGCACUGGCGACCCUAUAUAGGCGGAUUUCGGAAUCUCGAGCCAGAGAUCAGGAGCCUAUGCUCGAAGAGGUACUCUCGGGCCAUGGGUGCUUUGGCAAGUACCUGUGCGAGAAGUCUAAACGGGAGCCAACGCCAGCGUGUCACCACUGCAACAGUGCAGAAGAUACAGCGCAGCACACGCUGGCGGACUGCCCAAGUUGGGUGGCGCCGCGCAAUAAUUUGGUUGCGACAAUUGGGGCUGAUCUGUCGUUGCCGACCGUCGUAAAGGCAAUGACAGAAAACAAACCAUGCUGGAAAGCUAUGACCACCUUCUGCGAGGUGGUCAUGACCCAAAAAGAAGCGGCGGAGCGCGCGCGAGAAGAGGAUGUGGAUGCUCACCCGCUGCGGCGCAAAAGAGCAAGGCGGAGGCGGGUCGCCCAUGACCGCCGCCUGCCGCCUUAA